AUGGACGGAGAGCAGUCCUCGUUCGGAGAUGCGGACGAGGUUCUAGUGCAUAGAUGCGUGACUAUUCCUCGCAAUGAUUACCUAAUACCCACGGCCUUCCCAGAUAUCGAGGUGGUGUCUUUCAUACACAAUCCCCAGCUCCGCGCCCACCUUAUAGACACGCCUGGAUUUGACGACACAGAGCGAUCCGACGUGCAAGCCCUAUUGGACAUUUCCCACUGGCUUAGCAGCUCCUUCAAGGAUUUCCUUAGAUACGGAGACACGCUCGAGUCGGCCCGCGGCAUCGUAGAGUACAUCUUAUCCCCGGAGAGGGAAGUCACGCUUGACAUUCAGGAUGAGAUUGUCAACGAGCACUGCAAGAUUGGGGAUACCUCCGCCGCGAUUGAGCCCAACGCUGAGAUCAUCCGGGAACGCGCCAGCCGAGCCGAGACAGAGCGUCUCCAAACUGAAUAUCAAAGAGAAAUGGAGCGCCAGCGUCGACGGAACAAAAAGAAGUUCCGCCAAAUGAAGAAGAACCAAGAUGAAAUAAACAGGCAGUUGGAGGAGCAAGCUAAUUGUCGGAGAAGUAGGCAUCCCCAUACCCCUUGA